ACAUUUAUAUACCACUGUAGCGAGAAUGUCGGGGAUCGAAAAGGAUAUGGCAGAAAUGAAAAUUAAACCUGAGGCUUUCGUCUAUGUUGACGAGAGUUCUGGCAACGAUGAGGCCGGUAAAGGAACAGAAAGUGAACCUUUCAAAACUGCCAUCCGUGGUUUAGAACUAAAUGGUGAUUGUAGUAUUAUGAUCCGCAAAGACUCUUCUUCUCAAUACGAACCCAUUGGUACCAACGCGUUAAAGAAAGCUAAAAAGGGAGUUGAACAAGCUGCCCGGAAAAAGUCUAAGGCUGCAGAAACUGAAAAGACAGCCGCUGCCAAGGCCAUUGCUGCUAAAGAAGCUGAGGCCAAGCGUUUGGAUGCUGCUUCUAAAAUCGUUUUGGAAGAGCCCAAGGAUGUUCCUGAAGCUAAGAAGAUUAUCAUUGAAGAUAGCACCCAAUACCGUGAGAAGCGAGUUGUUGUCAACGGUUGGGUUCAUCGUAUGCGCAAUCAAAAAGGUAUUAUUUUUAUUGUUUUGCGUGAUGGUACUGGCUAUUUACAGUCCGUCUUUACCGGUAAGGUCUGUGAAAAGGCUUCUUAUGAUUUCAUCAAUUUGGGCCCUGAAUCUACCAUCGCUUUGUAUGGUGUUAUUAAGGAGUUGCCCGAAGGAAAGUCUGCCCCCGGCAAUCAUGAACUUGUCGUCGAUUACUACAAGGUCCUUCAUGCUGCUCCUACUGGGGAGGAAGCCUUCACAAACCGUUUGAAUGCCGAAGCAGAACCCUCUUAUUUGCUUGAUCAGCGUCAUCUUGUUAUUCGCGGUGAAACUGCUUCUGCUGUUCUUAAGGUCCGUGCUCGUGUCUUACGUGCUAUGCGUGAUACUUUUGAGGAUCUUCGUAUGACUGAAGUUACACCUCCUUGUAUGGUUCAAACACAAGUUGAGGGUGGUGCCACUCUUUUCGGCUUUAAUUACUAUGGCCAAAACGCUUACUUGACUCAAUCUAGUCAGUUAUAUUUGGAAGCUGCCCUUCCAGCUUUGGGUAAUGUUUACUGCGUUCAAGAAAGUUUCCGUGCUGAGAAGUCUCUUACUAGACGCCAUCUUUCAGAAUUUACACAUGUUGAAGCUGAGAUGCCUUUCCUUAAUUUCCAAGAGUAUUUAGAACUUCUUGAAGAAUUUAUCUGCCAGACCAUUGAUCGAGUCCUUGACGACCCAGUUGCUGCUCCUUUGAUCCAACAAUUAAAUCCUGGCUUUGAAAAACCUUCUAGACCUUUUAUGCGUCUUCCCUAUGAAGAUGCUAUCAAAUAUUUGAAUGAGCACAACAUCUUGACUCCAGAAGGUGAACAUCAUAAGUUUGGUGACGAUAUAGCUGAAGCUGCUGAGCGUAAAAUGACUGACCAAAUUAACCGUCCUAUUUUCCUGACUCAUUUCCCUGUUGAAAUCAAAUCCUUCUACAUGAAGCGUGUCGAUGAUCAUCCACGUCUCACCGAAAGCGUAGACUGUUUGAUGCCUAACGUCGGUGAAAUCGUUGGUGGAAGCAUGAGAAUUUUUGACAUGGAAGAACUUUUGGCUGCUUAUAAACGUGAAGGUAUCGACCCUAGCCCUUACUAUUGGUUCACCGAACAACGCAAAUAUGGUACCACAGAGCACGGCGGUUUCGGUUUAGGACUUGAACGCUUCCUUGCUUGGAUGUGCAACCGUUAUACUGUUCGUGAAUGUUGCUUAUUCCCUCGCUUUACUGAACGUUGCAAGCCUUAAACGUAAAAGUUGAUUACGUCGUGUUUGUAGAUGUUAUUUUAGAUUAUGGGAUUCAGUGCUUCUUAAAGUUUGGUAUUGCAUAUUUAACUCAACGUAAGUUAUAAAAAAUUAGGAGAUUUUGAACUAUUUUCAAUAAAACUUUUGACUGAAAUGGUACAAAAAGACCACAUUGUCAGUAAACUGAAUAUAUCUUUAAAAUUAUUGAAAUAACUGCUUUUUCAUAAAACUGGUGACACA